AUGUGGUCAUUAUAUGGUAUAAUUGUUUGUGGUGUUGUUUUUGUCGUGGGUCAACCAUCAUUAGCACCCUACGAUGUUCGAAUCGAAUAUUAUAAAGCUGAGAUAACAAAAGAUUUGGUAAUUGGCACAGAUUACCCACAUUUCUGCUGGAAACUACCUCUAACCAAUCAACGUGAUGUUCGGCAGAUCGGCUAUCAACUGCAAAUUCGAUCGCAGAAUAAACUCGUUUGGGAUAGUGAUCGAAUCAAUUCGAGUCGAUCAAUUCAUGUUCCGUACCCAUUCGAACAGAAGCUCGAAGAACUGACACAUUAUCAAGUUCGUUUGCGUGUUUGGACAAGUGCGAUAGAAACCGCAAGCUCAUGGACAUUGUGGAUUCCAUUUCGAACAUCGAUGUAUAACUUCCAACAGUAUUUGUUAGACCGCAAUGAUGAAGUCAGUUGGAUUGGCUCUACCCAGAUAUACAUGAAUGAGUUACGGAAAGAAUUCAAUGUCUCUAAUACAAGUCCGAUUCAGUCAGCCACUGUCUUCAUUUCGGGUAUUGGCUAUUAUGAAUUGUACUUGAACGGUGAUAACGUUGAUCCUAGUCGAAAAUUAGAUCCGGGGUGGACUACUUAUCAGAAGCGAACACUUUUCGCUUCUUACGAUGUAACACCCAAAAUCAAACUUGGCAUGAAUGCGGUCGGUGUGAAACUGGGUAACGGCUGGUACAGUCAAGAACAAUAUUUGUUACCGUCAGUACCUGAGCCGACUUACGGCCCACCACGUCUGAUGUUUAUUUUGAAAAUUAUUUUCAACAAUUCCGAUCAAAUGAAUGUUUACAGUGAUCAGACGUGGAAAGGUCGACAAGGCUCAAUUAUUCAUGAUAGUGUUUACAAUGGUGAAUUUGUUGAUGGACGUUACGAUCGAUUGAAUUGGACACAUGUUGGAUUCACUGAUUCUCUGUCUCUUUGGAUUACACCGGAAAUUCUUCCAUCACCCGUCGAUACCACCGUCAACGGACAAUUGACGCUUCAAGAUAUGCCACCCAUUCGAGCAGGACCUGAUGCUCUGCAUUUUGAAGUAGAAUACGAUGUUGAUGAUGACGGAAGUUAUCUGUCGAAGGAAGACAUCGGUAAGAUUCUCGGUGCCUCGCUGAAAGACGAAGGAAUCUUGCAUCCGAUCAGUGUAAUAAUACCUACUUUAAAUGUUCAUAUAUUUGAUAUGGGACAGAAUAUGGUUGGUUGGUGUCGAUUCAAAUUCCAUGGUCCACGUGGUGUUGGCAUUCACAUUCGCCAUGCCGAAAUUCUUUCGCAAGCAGUUGUUUCCACUGGGAAAGCCACGGGUGGAAUUUAUACGGAUAAUCUGCGUGGUGCAACUGCAAGUGAUACGUACAUUCUUCGCGGUGAUCCUAAUGGUGAAAUUUACGAACCGCGAUUUACAGUUCACGGUUUCCGUUAUGUCGCAGUUUUUGGCUCACCUACCCCACUCUUAAUAGAUGAUGUCGAAUGUCCAAUUGUUCACAGUGAAACAACGGUCAAAGGACAUUUCUCUUCGAGUAAUUCUGUCAUCAAUCAAAUUCAACACAAUAUUGUAUGGGGCCAAUUGGGUAAUUUGAUGUCUUUACCGACCGACUGUCCACAGCGUGAUGAACGCAAGGUUAAUGAAGCGCUGUAUAAUUUCGAUUUGAGCAAAUUCUAUUUAAAUUUUCUCACCUUAAUCAAGGAUGUUCAACUGCUUGGUUUCGUUCCGGACACUGUUCCAUUAUCAUUCGGUUUCUAUCCCGCUGAUCCUAAUUGGGGUACAGCUCUACCCACCAUCACUUGGCAGUUGUAUCGUCAUUACAAUGACAUUCAAAUUCUCCGAAACCACUAUGACUCAAUUCGAGCUUAUGUUGAAUCGGUUCGCGACGGUUAUCGACUGACCGGCUUNAGCCGGCAUCGAUCUACAAACCGAUGUGAUUGUCAUUCAUCCACGAAUGAUUUCGGAGGAAAAGAAACAUCUACUGAGUAA